AUGAUGGACCCAUCGACGGAUAAACCCUCCCCUGUCUACUCUACACACGGGUUGGCAGUUAGGGCAUCGUCGUCGCUUGAAACACAGGAAAUGAAGGAAUGCGAUUCCAAUUCAAAUGCCGAGACCAGGAAUCCCUUGAACCCGAGAAAUUGGUCCUCGGUGCGGAAGACAAUGCUUUUUGCGUCGCUGAUGACGAGUUCGUUGUUGGCAGAUGGAGCUAUGGUCUGGGGUGGAACGCUGGUCACGGAGCAGGCCAUGGAUUGGAAUAUUUCGAUCACUCAUUCGGCGACGAGUAUGAAUUAUGGUAUUCUGCUGCAGGGAUUUGGAGGAAUUUUUGCUGUUCCGCUCAUUGAAGCGUACGGUCGUUUGCCGAUCUGGCUGUGGCCUCAGGUGAUCACCAUGUUCAUGGUCCUGGGUGCUACCCUCUCGAAUGAUUGGUCUACCUUCACGACGUUCCGCUCUUUGCAAGGUCUGUUUGGGACAGUGCCGCAGGUAAUUGGGCUUCCGAUCAUUCAUGAUAUGUAUACAUCGGCUGAAUGGCCACAGAUGAUCAAUAUUUGGGGUACCACCUUUCUUGUCGGGCCAUUCCUCGGCCCCGCCAUAGCAGGAUAUAUCGGCGCCGGGUCAGACUGGCGCACAUCCUUCGGAGUCCUGACAGCCAUCUAUGGUGUGUCCACAGCCAUGGUAAUUCUCUUCGGCUAUGAGACAUACCACGAACCUGGGCGACUCACCAAACAGUCGCGCUUCGCGUCCUACUUUGGCAUUGGCAAUACCCUGCUUCCCAAGGGAACGACCUUGAGAUACUGGAGUCGAACAGUCGUGGUCUAUGUAUUCAAGUUCCCCUUGUUGAUGACCGGUAUCGCUAUCUUGGUAACAUUUACCUGGCCAAUUGGAAUCACAACCACCAUCGAUAACUUCCUGCACAGCCCUCCAUACUUAUUUGAUACCAUCGAGGCUUCAUCGAUGCGCUUCGCCGGUGUGAUUGGAGCUUUAUGUGGCUGGGCGGUUGGCCACUUCUUCAACAGCUGGAUCUUCAAGCAGCAUAGCUCAGCCUGGCGAACAGAGCUCCGCCUCCACGGCAUCUGGCUCCCGAUUGGUAGCAUGAUGAUCGGUCUCCUCACCUAUGGAUUAACCAUGCACUUUGGUAAGCACUGGAUUGGGAUAGUCAUUGGGUGGAUUAUGGUGAACAUCGGCAUGGUCGCCACGAUUGUCGCCAUCUCGGCAUAUGCAUUGGAAAAGUACCCGGAGCAGGCGACCUGUGUCUCGGCCAUUUUGAAUAUGUGGCGCACCUGUGGCGGGUUUGCGGUGGGAUACUUCCAGCCCAAAUGGAUUCAGCGCAAUGGGCUCGGACUGGUUUUCGGUAUUCAGGCUGCUAUCUUGUGUGUGGCUGUUGCUUCGACCAUCACCCCUGUGUUCUUGUGGGAACGGAAAAGGCGAUUGAGGGAUGGAGAAUUUGAAGAUGGAGCCUAA